UAAAUCACUGAGCAACAGGCACUCCGGAUCAGAUCAAAAACAGCAGGAUGUACUCAGAGCAUGAGUGCGGAAUUUGCUACCUGACCUACAACACAGGUGUGCGGUGUCCCCGGGAGCUCCACUGUAAACACAGCUUCUGUGAGAGCUGCCUGCUGGCCCUGUCUCGGCCCCUGGGGGCCGACGGGGCAGCUCCGGGAGCGGACCGACUCAUAGUGUGCCCUCUCUGCCGCGACACCACAUCCAUCUCCGGGGAGAGGAAGCUGAGAGCCCAGCUGAGGGUGGACGAGUGCGUCCUGGAGCGGCUGGUCGCCUCCGGAGUCCUCUACGGAGAAGAGGGAGACCCGGAGGAGGAAGGGGAGGAGGGGCUCCACCGCGGUGACGUCACCGGGAAGAUUCUCGAACCUCCAGCCGAGGAGAGCGUCUCGCUGGCGGGCUCCAGAGGAGGCAGGCACCGGCGGUGUUGUCGGAAAGUUUGGAAGAUACUUAGCGGGCAGAGCUCACGGCCGAGGAGCAGAGAAAACAUUAUGACCAACGAGGACUUGAGGAACUACGCCAUGAUGACCUGCUACAUGUUUUAAGGACUCCACCACUUCAGAUACCCUGGACAAUGUGACACUUAUUUAUUUAUUAACGAGUCUCCUUCGUAACAUGGACCUGCGAUGAUGAUGAUGAUGAUGAUGAUGAUGAUGAUGAUGAUGAUGAUGAAACUGUAACACAGACAAUGAUUAUCAGCUCUCUGAUUCCUUUUAUAAAUGACAAACACUAUGUAGCUUUUGCACUCAUAUUGAUGAAAAAAUGGAAAACUUGUGAAUUGACUAAGUGGCCCUUUUUAGGUCUAUUUAUGCACGACUAAUGUAUGUAAUAUUUAUUCUUUUGAUAAAUGUAUUGUAUUUUUUCAAAUAUUCAAUAUUUAAGGAACAA